AUGCGUCCUUUCCACAUAUCCGUCUCUUUUUCAAUCGGUUUGCUUGGUACCGCGACUGUCCAGUUUGAUUAUCACUCUGGCCAAUAUCUCUUCGGUUCCUACUUUGGAAUUUCCCUCACCAAUGCUGCAUAUGAUUACGUGGUUGUGGGAGGUGGAACGGCGGGGUUGGUCGUCGCCAGCAGACUUGCUGAAAAUCCGAAUAUGACCAUUGCUGUGCAAUCAAAGCCAGAUCCCGAUCUACUAAACGAAAAUUGUCAGCGCGGGCGCAUCCAUGGAUUGAUUGGGAACUACCUACGGUUUCUCAGCCGCACCUCACCAACAGAGUCAUACACUAUACUCAGGGAAAGUAACAGAGUAGGAGCUCUGCCAGGAUUCAAUUGA